GCCGCGAGCCGGGACGUCCGCCGGGCGCUGCGGAACUUCGCCAAGAGGAACGGCCUCCUGACGCUGUCGGCGAUGGCCGCGCUGACCGGCUGCACGCUGGGCUUCGUGCUAAGGGGCACGCAGCUCUCCACGCAGGUACCGGCCGCAAUUGGCCCGUCGAGCCGAAAGCCGCGUUGAAUCUUUCGCUACUUUUUGCACAACUGAAAUCCUUUGUGACAGUCGCCACACAGAUCUCUCUCGCCCACUAUUUAUCAAAUAUAAGCUCCGGAAAUUCCAGGAUUUAGUUGAUUUGAAAAUAACGCAGAAAAAUAUCCUACCAAAAAAUAGUUCUUAAUAGCACAGAAGUUCUUAAAGUAGCUGACGUUAGGAACAACCUAAAUGAGCAAAAUAGGCAAGCUCAAUUAUUACAUUUUAAAAAGUGAACUCAAUCCAGGCUAUUGAAUAAUUCUGAAGACGGUGAAAAAUCAUCUCGAUUUAUUUGGAUAGAGAGGCGCAAAGGGAAAUGUAUUUUCCUGUCCAAAAAAAAAAGGGGCAGAAAAUGAGAUUUAUUCUUCCCUCUGCUCAUUUCCAUUCCAAUUUUGUUUACACGGAAGCAUACGUUUGUUUUUUGAUGUCAUGGAAAAUAUUCCCGUUUUGAUCCGUAGACGGAGACAUGCGGGUCGUCCAGUGACCGAAGGGUCGCCGGUUCGAAUCCCAGCUCCGGCUGUCCGGGUGUCCACGUGUCCUUGGGCAAGACACUGAACCCUGACUUGCUCCCAGCGGGCCUGGCAGUAGUCGCCCAUUAGUGGGCGAGUGGGCGAGCGGGAGGCUUUGUAAAGCGCUUUGGGCACCGCAUAGUGUCGAUAAAGCGCUAUAGAAGCGCCAUGUAGGCGGAGCAAUAAAUGAGGACGUUCCUCCUCGUAAUCACCUUCACAUUUUGACAUGAACGAAUUGUGAGCCUUCGAACUGGAAGCGGCCACUGAGCGUCAUCAGCAGGUCGCAACUGGGAGAGUCACAGAAAGUUGCACAUUUCGGAAAUGUUCGCGGGUCAAACAGCCGCUGUGAUUUUGAAAGUACUGAAGCAUUAGCGCUUGACGCCGGGUCAAAUCCUCGGCCCAGCGAAUUUUAGGCUCAUCCGGAAAUGUGCCCUAAAAGGUCGUAGUGGCUGAAGUUUGAAUUUCUUCCGCCGCGCUCGGAAGGAACAAAGUUUCGGUAGAAGGGCGAGAAAGAUUUUGUAUCCUUUUACAAAACACCAAGAACGACCUCGUGUGCAUGAGAACCGAUGCGGUCGACGGUUUACAGCAAAUACGGAAAAGGCUCAAAAGCUCAAGUCGGGUAUUUGGAAUAGAAAAAUAUACUUCUGAUGAAGAUCUCGGAAUUAUUUUCACGACUAUUUGAUACGAAAACCCGGUUAAAUGUCUCAACUCUGUAGAUUGAACAUACAUAACAAAGUACAUGGAUAUAAUAUUUGAGCUGUUUUUUUUUUUUUUCCCCUCAGGUUCACAUUUAUGCUUCGGGUCGGAUUGAAACCCGAGCCCAGGGGUCGCUGACCUUUUUUUUAUCUCUCUGUGUAAAAACUGUAUGUCGUGCGCCGCAUUUAUGAACUCAAUGAAGUGCGAUAGAGAAUCCUAUUUUAUUUUCUGCACUUCAAAAAAGCUUACUUUCAAAUCAAAUCGUCGGCUCAUCAUCAAAAGUUCCAUCGCCCCGAGGUCGCCUGCACGACCGCUAAACGGCGCGUCUCUCGCUCAGUGCCGCAUUCACUUGCCCGUGGUGCGUUGGAAAUCCCGCCUCUCUAUAAACGUCACAACACGAGAUCGGCCUCCCCGAGACGUUUAACGAAGCUGGGAAAUACGGGCUUUUCGGCCGGUCGACACGCCUUCCUCGGGCCCGCGUCGGUGCCGCGCGUUUGCCGACUGGGAAAGCGCCAUAACGGAUGGAUGGAUGAAAUACUCGAUUUAUUUUCCAUCGUCACCGAGGGCCACAGCAGAAGGACGAAAGAGCCACACGUGGCUCUGGCAGCCUGGGUUGCAGACCCCCGGCCUCCGGGAUCCGAAUGGUAUAUUUGCAUUACAGUUAGCUCGUUGCUAACAUGCCAAUUAAAUCCCAACCAUUGUACCUGUUUCCGCAGCAACAAGCUAGUUAGUUUGCUGUGUGCUGGAGUAAGCUAGGAUUCAGACAGGAAGUGCUAAUGUGUUGUUGUUGUUGUUGUUGUUGUCGUUGUUGCCAGGUGAGUCGGCGACAUGAAAUGGUUAGUCCGCUUUAAGUGGAUUAAAACUGCAGCGCUGGCUCACGUGCGGGCUAAACUAACAGGAAGAAGCCGCCUCCACCUUUUAUUGAACCCAAAAUAUUCUUGAAUGAGGGGGGGGGGGGGGGGCAUAUAUUGUCAAUAAGCGCCCCCCACCCCAAACAUUCAUGUAAUGACUGAAUAACAAUGUACACGUCAGGUCGGCCAAACAACAAGUGAAAGAACAAUGAAUGUGUUCGGGACUGUCAAAACAAAUGUGGUGACACGACGUCCUACUUCCUGUCAGCGGCGAGAUUAACGAGAGGCGGGUAAAUGGGGGCAGAGGGCGGAGCCUAAUCCCACCCGUUCCAUCUGCUUCCUGUCGCGUGCCACCUAACUGUGUCAUCCGCUUCCUGUUUCCUCUCAUCAUUACGACGGCGUAACACGUUUGUAAGGAGAGAGGCGCUAUUUUGCAAAUUUGUUCACAAUUGAAAAACAUUCCCACGUGUGUUCGUAAACACGUGUGAUUGUUUUGCUUAGACUUCAGUAAAGGGUGACAAUCCCAGCUAUCUGCGGGCGAGAGGCGGGGUACACCCUGAACCGGUCGCCGGCCAAUCGCAGGGGACGUAGAAACCAUUCGCACCGACGGGCAAUUUAGAGUCUUCAAUUAACCGAGCACGCCUGCGGGAGGAAAGCGGCGUGCCCGGAGAAACGCCACGUGUCGUUCCGCAUUUGCGCGAGGGCGGCAUUUCAUCAGCAAGCCGGCAAAAUGCACAAACGUGCCAAGGGGUCGGGCGGGCGACACGGCCAAACACGCACGCACACCCCCUCACGCACACUCCCAAAACCUUUGCGGGCAAUCUUUGUAACAGCACUAAGUAAUGCUGCUAACACCUUUUAGCGCACUGCAGCUUUGCUUACCUUUCGGUUUUGAAAUGAAUGCGUUCAAGUGGUUGGUGCGUUGGAACUUGGUCAAGUCCAGCGGAUCGCGUCAUUGGCUGAGAAAUGAUGUCAGUCAGCACAAGUGCAGAAGUUCUCACACACACACACACACACCUUACACGCACACACGCACAUUCUAUCUGCCCUUCCUCGCAUCCUUCCAUCCCAUGUGUGUGCGUGUGUGCGUGCAGAUUGCCGUGAUUGUUAACUGUGACGUUUGCCAGGUGGGCAGACGCAAAGUGUCUGUACGCCAACGUCGAAAAGUGUCCCUUUCGAGUGCUUUCCGGAAGGUGAGCACGCAAGCGUCGUUCAACUUUGAAAUGUUUGAAACGCAGGCCAAGAUCUACUUCUCGUUCCCGGGGGAGCUCCUCAUGAGGAUGCUGAAGAUGCUCAUCCUGCCGCUCAUCACGUCCAGCUUGAUGUCGGGCCUGUCGUCGAUGGAGUCUCGCGCGUGCUGCCGCAUGGGCGUGCUAACGGUGACGUACUACCUGUGGACGACGUUCAUGGCGGUGGUGGUGGGCAUCGUGCUCGUGCUCAUCAUCAAGCCCGGCGUGGGCACCGACAUGGAGAACGACCGGCUGGGCGGCGGGCCCGUCGUGACCUCGGCCGACGCCCUCCUCGACCUCAUCAGGAACAUGGUCCCGUCCAAUCUGAUCGAAGCGACGUUCCAGCAGUACAAGACGGACCUGGUGCAAGUCCUGAAGGUGCCCACCCGGACGGUGACCCCCAACUUUGUGUACGUGGUGCCCGGGGAGAGCGAUGGAAAAGGACGAACCGUUUUGCUGGAGUUGACGCCGGCGCCCGAGGUGACGUACAAGACCAGCCCGGGAAGCAGCCAACAGAUGAAUGUGCUCGGCAUCGUCAUCUUCUCGGCUACCAUGGGCCUGUUGCUGGGCAGGAUGGGCGAGCGCGGCGCGCCAUUAGUCAACGUGUGCCAGUGCAUCAAUGAGUGCGUCAUGAAGAUCAUCAACGCUGCCGUGUGGUACUUCCCGUUCGGGAUCAUCUUCCUGGUGGCUGGGAAGAUCCUGGACAUGCAGGACCCGAGCACUUUGGGCGGGAAGUUGGGCUGGUACGGCAUUACCGUCCUGGCCGGCCUCUUCGUGCACGGUCUGGUGCUCCUGCCGCUCUUCUACUUCUUGCUGACCAGGAAGAACCCGUUCCCAUUCAUCCGCGGCCUGCUGCAGGCCUUGGUCAUCGCCCUGGCUACCUCGUCCAGCUCGGCCACGCUGCCCAUCACCAUGAAGUGUCUCCUGGAGAAGUGCCACGUGGACCGCCAGAUCGCCCGCUUCGUGCUGCCCGUGGGCGCCACCAUCAACAUGGACGGCACGGCCCUCUACGAGGCCGUGGCCGCCAUCUUUAUCGCCCAGGUCAACGACUACGAGCUGGACUUCGGGCAGCUGGUCACCAUCAGCAUCACCGCCACGGCCGCCAGCAUCGGCGCGGCCGGCAUCCCUCAGGCGGGCCUGGUUACCAUGGUGAUCGUGCUCACCUCCGUGGGACUUCCCCCUAAUGACAUCACGCUCAUCGUGGCCAUCGAUUGGAUCCUGGACCGGUUUCGCACGAUGAUCAACGUGCUGGGCGAUGCCUUGGCCGCGGGCAUCAUCGCGCACCUGUGUCGCAAGGACUUCCCCCUCAGCGGUGAGGGAAAGGCGGUCCCGUCGUACGGCACGCACGAGCGCCGCGGGGGCGAGCGCGCCGCCGACGUGCCCAUGACCCACGUGCACACGCACAAAGAUGGCGACGCGGCACACACAGUCUACUACAACAUCUGCCAAGUGUGAGCCGCCGCUAACCGGCUAGCUGCCGGCGCUGUUACCACGGCGAAGAGUCGCUAAGGAAGUUCGGACUGCCGCCGUUUUUUUGACUCUGCUCCACAUGACCUUCACACGACCUCCAUGUGGCCUAAGUGAUCUUUGUGUGUGUGCGUGUGAGACAGCAUGCUGGCAUGCGUCUCUGGCUUCCUGCCAAGUUCUCGUCUUUUACUUCCUGUUUUCUGUUUGAACGUCACCACGGCAACAACGCAGCUAACAAGCCAACCCUCACUUGACUUUGAUGUCACUUGGAUUAUUUGUGUGAAUGCGAGAGUGAAGGAGAGCAAAAGUGAGAGUUGGUGUGUGCAUGUGUGUGUUUGGAAAUACAGGUAGUACAACCCCAAUUCUAAAGAAGGUGGGACGUUGUGUUAAACAUAAAUAUAAACAGAGUACAAUGAUUCGCAAAUCAUGCUCAACCUAUAUUUAAUUGAAUACACUACAAAGACGAGAUAUUUCAUGUUCAAACUGAUCGACUUGAUUGUUUUGAGCAAAUAAUCAUCAACUUGGAAUUUGAUGGCUGCAACACGUUCCCAAAAAGACUGAGAAAGUUGAGGAAUGCUCAUCCAACACGUGUUUGGAACAUCCCACAGGUGAACAGGCUCAUUGGGAACAGGUGGGGGCCGUGAUUGCUUCCCUCAAUUGCUCAGUCAUUCACAAGCAAAGAUGGGGCGAGGUUUGUGAACAAGUGCAGGGGAAAAUAGUCGAACAGUUUAAGGACAAUGUUCCUCAAUGUACAAUUGCGAGGAAUUUAGUGAUUUCAUCAUCUACAGUUCAUAAUGUCAAAAGGUUCAGAGAAUCUGGACAUGCAUGGAAGCGGCAAGGCCGAAAACUGACAUUGAAAGCCCGUGACCUUCGAUCCAUUAGGCGGCACUGCAUCAAAAACCGACGUCAAUGUGUAAAGGAUAUCAGGAACACUUCAGAAAACCAAUGUCAGCAAAUACAGUUUGGGGCUGUUCCGCAUUUCAAAUUGUUUUUGGAAAUUGUGGCAUUUGUGUCCUCCGGGCCAAAGAGGAAAAGAACCAUCCGGACUGUCAUGGACGCAAAGUUCAAAAGCCGGCAUCUGUGAUGGUAUGGGGCUGUGUUAGUGCCAAUGGCAUGGGGAACUUACACAUCUGUGAAGGCACCAUUCAUGCUGAAAGGUUUUGGAGAAACAUAUGCUGCCAUCCAAGCAACGUCUUUUUCACGGACGCCCCUGCUUAUUUCAGCAAGACGAUGCCAAACCACAUUCUGCACGUGUUACAACAGCGUGACUUCGUAAUAAAAGAGUGCGGGUACUAGACUGGCCUGCCUGCAGUCCCAUUGAAAAUGCGUGGCGCGUUAUGAAGCGUAAAAUACGACAACGGAGACCCCGGAGUGUUGAACAGCUGAAGCUGUACAUCGAGCAAGAAUGGGAAAGAAUUCCACCUACAAAGCUUCAACAAUGAGUGUCCUCAGUUCCCAAACGUUUAUUGAAUGCUGUUCAAAGAAAAGGUGAUGUAACACAGAGGUAAACACGACCCUGUCCCAGCUUUUUUGGAACGUGUUGCAGCCAUCAAAUUCUAAGUUCAUGUUCCAUCCAUCCAUCCAUCCAUUUUCUGAGCCGCUUCUCCUCACUAGCGUCACGGGCGUGCUGGAGCCUAUCCCAGCUAUCAUCUGGCAGGAGGCGGGGUACACCCUGAACUGGUUGCCAGCCAAUCGCAGGGCACAUACAAACAAACAACCAUUCGCACGCACAUCCACACCUACGGGCAAUUUAGACUCUCCAGUUAAUGCAUGUUUUUGGGAUGUGGGAGGAAACCGGAGUGCCCGGAGAAAACCCACGCAGGCGGGGCCGGGGAUUGAACCCCGCUCCUCAGAACUGUGAGGCUGACGCUCUAAGCAGUCGUCUACCGUGCCGCCUAAGUUAAUGAUUAUUUGCUAAAAACAAUCAAGUGGAUCAGUUUGAACAUGAAAUAAUAUGGGUUUUCUCUGGUUUCCUCCCACAUCCCCAAAACAUGCCUGAAUUGGAGACUCUAAAUUGCCUGUAGGUGUGACUGUGAGUGCGGAUGGUUGUUUGUUUGUUUGUUUGUAUGUGCCCUGCGAUUGGCUGGCAACCGGUUCAGGGUGUACCCCGCCUCCUGGCCGAUGACAGCUGGGAUAGGCUCCGGCACGCCCGCGACCCGCGUGAGGAGAAGCGGCUCAGAAAAUGGAUGGAUGUAUUCUGUUUUUAUUUAUGUUUAACACAACGUCCCAACUUCAUUGGAACUGGGGUUGUAAUUCUGCCUUAAAUUUCGUGUCUUUCGACUGCCAAGUUUCAACUGAUGCUCCCUUUUUAUAUUUUUUUAUGGAUUACUGUGAAAAUAAUCAUGAUGUGUGAAAUUAAAACUCUGUACAAAACUA